UUUAAGACACCGUUACCAGGCAACUGCAAUCCAUCUCGUCUGGAUCGACAGAUAAACACUCCAACAGACCAACACGAGCCCGCGCUAGGCUGGGUUCUUUCUUUAGCAACACCCGUGGUGGAGCCAAGAUCAGCCGAAGGAGGCGCGGCAUUGCGACAGCAUCAGACGUGUUUCCUCUCUCUGUCUUUCUGUCUCUCUUUUUAUUUUUCUUUCCUUCCUCCCUACUCAUAGCAAAUCAUCUGACUCUCGCUCUUGCUGGCUCAAGGCGAAUAAACACAAACCAGCCCCCACGAAAACGUUCCCAUCUCUACUCAGUACUCACUCAUCCAUCUGGGUUUAGUAUCACAUCUCCACAUUGAUAGCCCCAGGCUGUCUACCCAUCUGUCGUCAUGCGAUCGAAAUCCGUCCAACCGUCUCUCUACCGCCCUCUCCCCUUCCAUAUCAUCCGCACUGUCGGCUUCAUCUCUUCCCUGAUCGUAGCUAUUAUCUUGGCGGUAUUCGUCUACCGCCUUCAUUCCGACAAUUUCAAGCUCCCUUGGGCGUUCCUGGUGAUCCUCAUCACCUCCAUCCUAUCCCUCCUCAACUAUGUCCUCACAACAAUCGUCCACUGCGGCUACGGCCUCGCCCCCCGCGUUUCCCUAACCUUCAACUCCAUCAUGCUCUUCCUCUGGCUCCUCUCCUUCGGCCUCCUCUGCUACGGCAUGUCGCACACAAUCCUCACAACCUGCAACGCAACCUACUGGGGCAACUCCACCGGCAUCAACGUCUGCCGCGCCUACAAAGCCCUCUUCGCAUUCAUCAUCCUCUCCAUCGUCGCCCACAUCGCAGCCGCCAUCCUCGACGUAAUCACCCGCAAUCGCCAGACCCGCCUCGGCGCCUACGACCCCAUGGCCAGCAACCAGGCCCUCUCCACCGCGGACUACAAAAUGCACAACCGCGGCAGCAGCGUCAUGUCCACCACCGCCGCCGCCGGUCCCUACGAGGACCACUACCCGCUUUACUCCCACUCCCGUGAUAACUCCACCCACGAUGACCCCUUCCACGACGGCCCUGACCCCCACAACCACCUCCUUCCCGACGAACGCCACCCGCUGCCCCCCGUCUACGGCGCCCGCUCCGCAGAACAGUACCACCAGGGCGACGCCCACGACUACUACGACUCGGCUCCCGCCGCGCUCAGCCAGCGUAGGGCGCCCCGCACGCGAUAUAACGGGUACGAACCGGCUGAUGUGCACGGCCAUCAGGGGGAGUAUACCGCCUAUGACGCGGGCGCAUAUCGGUGAGAGCCAGUCACGUCUACAAUAGACUGGUAGGCGCUGAAGGAGGGAUGGGAUGUGGAAGCUUGUGCAUUUCUGCGGCGCGACAUGUGUACAGCAUUUUUUAUAUUUUGUUUAUGAAAUGACCACAUCGCCCCGUGCUGUAUUUGUGUGAUGCGUUACGAAUUGCGUUUUGUUUCUUGGAAUAGGCGUGGCGUGUCUUUUUGGGAUUGUUCUCCCUUUUUUCAUUUCAUUUUAUUUUUGUUUUUUGUGCAAUCUUGGCGAUGUUGGAGGUUGUGUCUAGAUUCGAUUAAAAAGAUGCGAGCGGAUUCUUUUGUGUGGCUGAUAACCCUUACAUCAUAUGUGAACUACAUAGAAUAGUUAUAAAUACAAGCACUACAAAAAGAGAA